AUGGAUAGACGCACUCCCUAUACCUUGAGCGUGCUACCGCCCAGUGAGGAGGUUGGCGAAGACUCUCGCACCCACAUUCAAGCCCGACUGCGGGAGUUUGUGCUGGAAUUCCAGCUGGACAACGCCUUUAUUUACCGAGACCAGCUUCGACAGAAUGCCUUGGUGAAGCAAUACUACUGCGACAUUGAUAUCGCACACUUGAUUUCGUAUAACGAAGAGCUGGCCCACAAACUCACGACGGAGCCCGCAGACAUCAUCCCUCUGUUCGAAGGAGCCCUCAAGCAGUGCACACAACGGAUUGUGUUCCCGUCCCAAAGAGACAUUGUCCUCCCGUCGCAUCAACUGCUCUUGCACUCGUCCGCAACACACAUCUCGAUCCGUGAUCUCAAUGCCACCAACAUUUCUCAUCUUGUCCGUAUUCCCGGUAUCGUCAUCGGAGCCUCGACUAUUUCGUCGAAAGCAACAAUCGUCCACAUCCGGUGCAAGAACUGUGACCAUGCCGAAAAUAUUCCAGUUGAUGGCGGAUUCUCCGGCCUCUCGCUACCCAGAACCUGUGGUCGUAAACAACAACCUGGGGACGAACCAGGAGACAGAUGUCCGUUGGAUCCUUAUGUGGUUGCACACGAGAAGUGUCAAUUCGUCGACCAACAGGUUCUUAAACUCCAAGAAGCUCCCGACCAAGUCCCUGUCGGAGAACUCCCCAGGCAUGUGCUCAUCUCUGCGGAUCGCUACCUGGCCAACCGGGUUGUGCCAGGAUCUCGUUGCUCAGUGAUGGGUAUUUUCUCGAUCUACCAAGCCAAGGGCGGCAAGAAAGACGCCGCAGUUGCCAUUCGCAACCCAUACCUCCGUGCCGUUGGUAUCAGCAGCGAUUUAGAUCACACUGCGAAGGGCAGUGCUGUUUUUUCGGAAGAAGAAGAGCAGGAGUUUUUGGAAUUGAGCCGUCGACCGGAUCUGUACGACGCCUUGGCCCGGAGUGUCGCUCCCUCGAUUUACGGUAACCUGGAUAUCAAAAAGUCUAUUGUUUGUUUGCUUAUGGGCGGUUCGAAGAAGAUUCUCCCUGAUGGAAUGAGACUUCGUGGAGAUAUCAACGUCAUGCUUCUUGGUGACCCCGGUACCGCCAAGUCUCAAUUGCUGAAGUUUACCGAAAAGGUAUCGCCAAUUUCCAUCUAUACUUCCGGUAAGGGUUCGUCUGCGGCUGGUUUGACCGCGUCGGUGCAACGAGAUGCCGCCACACGCGAGUUCUACCUCGAAGGAGGUGCAAUGGUCCUGGCAGAUGGUGGUGUCGUCUGUAUUGAUGAGUUCGACAAGAUGAGGGACGAGGACCGAGUCGCUAUCCACGAAGCUAUGGAACAGCAGACCAUUUCCAUCGCCAAGGCAGGUAUCACCACUAUCCUCAACUCGAGAACGUCCGUCCUGGCCGCCGCAAACCCUAUCUUCGGUCGAUACGACGAUCUGAAAACACCCGGCGAGAAUAUUGACUUCCAAACCACCAUCCUGUCUCGUUUCGAUAUGAUCUUCAUUGUCCGGGAUGACCACGACCGCAGACGUGAUGAAAACAUUGCACGCCACGUAAUGGGUGUGCACAUGCACGGUAGAGGUAUGGAGGAACAGGCUGAGGCUGAAAUCCCGUUGGACACUAUGAAGAGAUACAUCAGCUAUUGCAAAACUCGAUGUGCCCCUCGCCUUUCCCCCGAAGCCGCAGAAAAACUGUCCUCCCACUUUGUCUCCAUCCGCAAGCAAGUCCACCGUGCCGAACUCGACGCCAAUGCUCGUUCUCAAAUCCCUAUCACCGUCCGUCAGCUUGAAGCCAUCGUCCGUAUCUCCGAGUCCCUCGCAAAGCUGCAACUAUCGCCAGUCGCCACCGAAGCCCACGUUGACGAGGCCAUCCGGCUCUUCCUGGCGUCGACCAUGGAUGCUAUCACGCAGGGUGAGGGACAGGGUAGCAAGGAGAUGAUGGAGGAAGUUGGCAAGAUUGAAGACGAGCUCAAGCGCCGUCUGCCUAUUGGCUGGAGUACCAGCUUGGCUACUCUGCGCCGUGAAUUUGUCGACGGGAGAGGAUAUACCGAGCAAGCUUUGAACAGAGCGAUAGUGGUCCUCCAGCGGAGAGAUACCUUACAGAUUCGGUCUGGAGGGUCGCAGGUUUACCGACAUGGUGUUUAG